GCUUCCAAACGCAAGGAGACUUCUCACAGAAACGACGUAUGACUUUCAUUUUUUUUUACAUGUUUUAAAGUACCCUGCUGACUUACUCAGACUUGUCCAACAAGUUUAAGAGAAUCACCCCUCCUCAUAACGAUGUGGGGGACCCACAGGAGCAGACAUGCGGACUGGAGCGGCUCCGAAGCCAGCAGCAGCGACUACUCGGAGAUCGUGGUGAACAUCGGUGGGGUGAAACAGGUGUUUUGCGGGGACGUUCUCAACCGCUUCCCGGACACCCGCUUGGCCGAGCUGGUGAACUCCAUGUCUCACCAGUCCACGGAGGAUAUCGCUACGAUGUGUGACGACUACGACCCGGAUAACGGAGAGUUUUACUUUGACAGGGAUCCAGAUGCGUUCAGGUGCAUUACUGAGCUUUAUUACUACGGGGAGAUCCACGUGAAGCGAGGCAUCUGCCCCAUCUGCUUCAUGAAGGAGAUGGAGUUUUGGAAAGUUGGCUCUGAUUACUUGGAUGAGUGCUGCAAGAGCAACUUAAAGGAGGUGGAAGAAGAACUUGCAGAAAUUGCAGAGAAGGUGAGGACUAUCCUGGUGGACCGGGAAGGAGAUCCAACAGCAAGUGGCUGGCAGCGAUUCCAGACGUGCUUGUGGAGGCUCAUGGAGAAGCCGGAGUCCUCCUUCCCUGCACAUAUCAUCGCCAUCAUCUCCUUUAUCUUCAUCCUCAUCUCCUCUGUGGUGAUGUGUGUAGGCACCAUCCCGGAUAUGCAGGUGGAGGACCAAGAGGGCAACCUCAUGGAGCACCCCACCUUGGAGGUCAUCGAGACGGUGUGCAUCGGCUGGUUCACCAUCGAGUACAUCCUACGCCUCAUCUCCUCGCCCAAUAAAGUCAAAUUCAUGCUAGCCUUCAUGAACAUCAUCGACUUCAUGGCCAUCAUGCCCUUCUUCAUGGUGCUCCUUCUGACCUCUCUGGGUGCAGGCGUGAUGGAGCUGGCCAACGUGCAGCAGGCGGUGCAGGCUUUACGUAUAAUGCGCAUUGCGCGUAUUUUCAAGCUGGCGCGCCACUCUUCAGGUCUGCAGACCCUCACAUCUGCCCUGAAGAGCAGCUUGAAGGAGCUGGGCCUACUCCUCAUGUACAUGGGCGUCGGGGUGUUCCUUUUCUCCGCACUGGGCUACACCAUGGAGCAGAACCACCCUGAGACCUUAUUCACCAGCAUCCCGCAGUCCUUCUGGUGGGCCGUCAUCACCAUGACUACGGUGGGCUACGGAGACGUGUACCCCAAGACCACUUUAGGGAGGUGCAACGCCGCCAUCAGCUUCCUGUGCGGCGUGAUCGCCAUCGCUUUACCCAUCCAUCCCAUCAUCAACAACUUUGUCUUGUUCUACAACAAGCAGCAGGUGCUGGAGACGGCUGCCAAGCAUGAGAUUGAACUGAUGGCCUUGCGCUCGGGUAAUGAUGGAGGGCAGGUCGACACCCACAAACACGGGUGUCACGUGGGGGGGCACCGACAUGUCGUUGCUGAAGGCCCACUGCAGGGGAGCGGCGACCACCCAGACCCCCAACAUGGACGCCAGCUUGGGGAGCACAGCUGAAAGAGCAGGGAGGAGGGUGCAAUUUAAAAAUAAAAAUAAGUAUAUAUACAGUGGAACCUCUAAAUUCAAACACCCAUGAGGUCUUAAAGUCUGCAGUUUUCAUGAAAAUUCUUUUCAUGCCCCAAAUGCUGUACAAAACACAAAAAAAUCAGCAUUAAAGUGCAUUUUUCUAAACUUUCUAACAUGAAGUUACAAGAAGUAAUCUCAUAUUCAAAGCACUCCAGCAUCACAUAGACUAUUUAUUUAUAUAUUUUAAUGUAGUUAGCUUCUUUUUACACUUAAAAUGUUGAAAAAAAACGUGACACAUGACUCACUAAAAGGUCAAACAAAGACUUUGUGCAAUUCGGAAUACAUUCGUCCCUCGCUAUAUCAUGUUUUUUCAGAAAUUAAUUCAUAAACGAUUGCUGUUUUGUGGUCUAUUAUUUAUCAAAAUAUUGAAAUCAAUUUGAUAUGUAGUAUUCUGGUCACUAGGUGGCAAUAUUAAACAUUACACUACCUUAACACUGAAGUCAGCUUUGGCAUGUCUGACAUGAGUGGGAAAAAAAGUUAUCCUCAUAUCCAGUGUGGAAGUGGUAAGUUUUUGGCUUCUUAAGUUGACAAAAAAAAUAAGUCUGCUAGCUUGGGAGCUAACGGCUAUCCCUGCAGCAUAAGAGUCGCAAUGUGGUGUAAACAAUGAGUGUAAAGGUGACUAGGGCUAUAAUAAUCUUAAAAAACACGUCUAAAAAGUCAGGUUUUUUAUGCUCUAACUAAAAUUAUGAAUGAUAUUUGUCGUUAAAGUUCAAGUCUGACCCUUUUAUUGUGUUAACAUCCUCAUGUAAACAGUAGACUAAGAACAUUACCUGUACAGUUCAUAAAGACGACAACAGUUUGACCCUGGAACAGAUUAUUUAUAGUUCCAUUACUUUCUAUGGGGAAACUAUUUCAGUUUUUAACCUCAUUAGAGGUUCUACUGUAGUGGAAGUGGUAAUACUUAAGCUAUCUUGUUGAUUUUUGUUUACAUGAUGUGAUGUGAUGUGACUUCUUUAACACCGUACUUGGACAUGUUGUCAAAAAGUCUGAAAAACGCCAGCAUAAAACAAAGAAACGAACCCACACUACACCUUUACAACUAGGAAAGUAUGAUUAUGAACAGGAAACUGCAAGAUCACUUGGGAAAUUGUCUCUUAUAGGUUUUAAAUGAGUUUGAAGGAAUCGGUCCUAAAGGGACGUAUAGAGUAAGGAUUGAUCUCUUUGUACAGCGAGUCCCUGCAGGCGGAUAAAAUGUGACUGGACAACUUCAUCUUUGUACUGUACUUUAUUGCUGUGUAUAAAUGUUACUUUCAGUGUUAUUAUUGUACCCAAAGGUGAUACACUGACUUCAUUGUCAUUUCAUAUUUUAUGUACAAAAAAGGUCACCCUCUCAAUUCUAGAUGUAUAUUUCUUAGAUGGUAAAAGGUGCAUUAUUUUCCCCACUUUGCAUAUUGGAAGACAUCCAUUGGGAUACAUUGUGGUGGUCUCCAUUAUACUGAGAGCCAUUUUCCCGUGUAGCGAACCACAAAAACAAGCACAUUGUUGAAUUCAUACCAAAGCAUAACAUUAUUAUCAAGUGUGCCUAAUGUUGUGGCCGUAAGGGAGUGCAGCAGCUCCAUUUACACUCACAGCUGUCCGUGGUGUGUCUUGUCCUGUCACUGUAAUUUCGGACACUGCAUGACUGCGUGAGGCAACGCAUCAGAUAUAAACUCCAUCCAUGCAGAGCAGGAAUGUUUAAAAGGUUGUGACCUCUGCAUGCAGGCUGCUAUUCCCAACAUAAACUUCACAAGGCACUGUAUGGAUUGAUUUCAUCGUUGCGUUGACUUCUCAGUCUUUGUGUGUAACUAUAGGGUGCAAGGAGCAAAGUCAUUCUCUAGAAAAGCAAAUAAACUGUAACUGACUGUAAAUGCAUGCAAUGCGGGAUUAGCUAAAUUGAAUAUAUACCCAUCCAUCCAUUUUCUGUAACGCUUGUCUGAGUAUAUACUGCAUUUAAAUUAAAAGGAAUAAAAAAAAACUUCCUUAUAAUAAAGGCAGUUCAUUCAAAAGGUACAGUGAUGUCAACAUGUUCGAAAAGGAGCAGGAGGAAGUAGAGAUUUAAUCCCAUUCAUUAAUGCCACUUUCAAAUUGGGAGAGAAAAAACUACAUAGAUAGCUUAUGAAAAAAAUUAUAUAUCAAAAUAAGUUUGUAAUUAAAUCCAAUUAAAUAAAAAAAUCUAUUAAGAAAAUCAAUUGUGUUGUUAGAAAAAAACCGAACAUGGUAAUGCAUACUAAACACUAUAGAAGUGAAUAACAUUGGAGAAAAUAUACAGGAGCGAUAUAAUGGUGAUGCAGUUCCACCCCCGUCCUGUAGGUAGUAAUAAUGUACCAUACCAAGUGAGUCACUGCCUCCUCUCGGCCCUGAUGUAAGUGGACUGUAAUGGAUAAAAGUUAAAAUACAUGUCUCUCUGGUUUCUUCUUCUUCUUUACAUGUGGCGUACGUUUAGGUUUUCCAAUGCAUAAGAAAUUUGUUUCAAUAAAUAUUGUA